AUGGAAAACCUCUCCAUCUCGGACACCCUCCCGACGCAAGGAGGACCGGCUCCCCCUCCCGGAGGCCCUCCUUAUGCGCCUGCCCAGCUACCGCCACAGAUGUUUACCACGGCAGCCCAAUUGCUAGAUCUCACUGACAAAAAACUCAUGGUCGUUUUACGCGACGGGAGGAAAUUAAUAGGUGUUUUGCGAAGUUGGGAUCAAUUCGCUAAUCUUGUGCUCCAGUCGACAACAGAAAGGAUAUUUGCAACGCGACCCGGCUGUGACCCGAGCACGCCCCAAGGGUACUAUGCCGACAUUGAGCACGGCAUUUUCCUGGUCAGGGGGGAGAACGUGCUUCUUCUGGGGGAAAUUGAUCUGGACAAGGACGACGAUAUGCCGCCCGGUUUCCAGCCAGCUGAGAUGGAGUUUGUGAAGAAGCUGGCCGAAGAGAAGCGGUGUGCUGAAAAAGCCAGGGAGAAGAAGAGGCUCAAGAAGCUGGCCACCAUGGGCUUUGAGGGCGAGAAUCUCGGGGAAGUGGUUCUCUAA